CAGCUGACUCCACAGCUUGCAGUGUAAUUAGCAAACAGAGCAGCAGUUUACUCACUCCGUCUGCGCGGCUCUUAUAUUUUUUUUUUCUUCUUUCACGCCGGCCUCCCUCCCCUCUCCAGCGGACAGGCUGCUGCUAUAUCUAGUCUCGCCUGCUUGUUCUGUAAACACCGCUGCUGGUGUUGGUGUUGCGCUCGGAAACGCGCCGGUGCGUCGACAGCGUUGGGCUACAUUUUGGAGUGAGAGAGCGAGAGCGAGAGGGAGAGAGGGAGAGAGAGCGCAAGACGCGGACUUCUUCCAAAAGCGAGCACUAUACGUGGACCAGCGGAUCCGUUUACACCGGGACACACGAUGGGUUAUGAAGGAAGAAUGGAGUUCCCGGACCAUAGCCGCCAGUUGCUGCAGUGUCUGAGUCAGCAGCGUCACCAAGGUUUCCUCUGUGACUGCACUGUUCUCGUCGGAGAGGCUCGAUUCAAAGCGCACAGAGCCGUGCUGGCCUCCUGCAGCAUGUACUUCCAUCUCUUCUACAGGGACCAGCUGGACAAAAGGGACGUUGUGCAUCUCAACAGUGACAUUGUGACAGCCCCUGCUUUCAGUCUGCUCCUUGAAUUUAUGUAUGAGGGGAAGCUGGAAUUCAGCACUCUGCCAGUGGAGGAUGUCCUGGCAGCGGCCAGUUACCUCCACAUGUAUGAUAUAGUGAAAGUGUGCAAAGGCAAGCUUAAGGAUAAGGAACUUUCCUCCUUGGAUGAAAAGCUGAGCGAGAGUUUUGGACUCAGCUGCCUGGACAGGGAGAAUUCCUCAGACGGGGAGCUGCACAGUAAGCAGCUCAUCCGGCGACUGCCCCAGACUCAGUCUCCGGGGCUGCACAGGCCCCUCCCUGCAGAAGACUUUGACAUGGACAACAACGAAGUCGGACUGGCUGUCACAGACUGUGAUAGGUCUACAAGGAGCAGGCAGAAGGCGAACGGUCACUCUGGCAGGUCCCCGGACCUUGUAAGUGUCAAUUAUGUGUCAGCAGAGGCCGAGCCCUGCGUCCAAACAGCUGGAAAAACAAAAGCUGAUGUCAGUAGUUCCACCGUAUCACUGUCCCAGAGGUCCCGGGCUUCAGAUGACAUGGACUGUGCACUGGAUUUGUCUUUCAAGCCUCUGUCUAGCAGAGAUCCCUUACACCCCUCCUACGUGGCGGGACAGCUGGCCCUCGACAGCCAGCAGCAGGGCAUUGAGCCACUUGUUAAAGAGGAACACGACUUGCUGUCAGAGCAGGAGGACAGUGAGCCGACGAGCCCUGAGAGCCAGCGCUUUGGGAAUAGUGCCAGGGGCUCGGUGGUGACAGGGUUCGCUGCCCUCUUCCCAGGCAACAACGGCUCCACAGCCGCCCUGCUCUCCCAGGAGGAGGACCUGAUGGACGAGGAGGGGGAGGCCUGCCGAGGGAGGGAGGGCGCCGCUGGCAGGGAGUUGGAGGAGAGGAGGAGCAGGCUGCUGGGGGACAGCGAGGAGGAGGAGGAGGACGACCUGGCCUCCUCGGACAUCUCCACCUCCAGCGGGGUGCUCCUGCCGCCGGGGCAACAGGUGUGCGUGUGCCCACUCUGCAGCAAAGUCUUCCCCAGCCCCCACGUGCUGCAGCUGCACCUCAGCUCACACUUCCGCGAGAAGGAGGGCGCUCGCUCCAAGCUGUCCCCCGACGGCUCGGUGCCCACGUGCGUGCAGUGCAACAAGACCUUCUCCUGCAUGUACACGCUGAAGCGGCACGAGCGCACACACUCGGGCGAGAAGCCGUUCACCUGCGGCCAGUGCGGCAAGAGCUUCCAGUACUCCCAUAACUUGAGUCGGCACGCCGUCGUCCACACGCGCGAGAAGCCUCACGCGUGUAAGUGGUGCGAGCGGCGCUUCACUCAGUCCGGGGACCUGUACCGCCACAUCAGGAAGUUUCACUGUGGCCUCGUCAAGACUCUCUCCAUUGGAUAAAAGCGCUCUCGCCCCGGUGCCAUGGCAUAAAUGUCUUCAGCACACACUGUUAAUUCACUUUUUUUUUUUUUUUCUGUUCGUGCGCACACACACACACACACACACACACACAAACACGUCUGUUUGCAGGAAACAUAUCUCCUGGAUUCUACCCCGAUGUGGCAUUUUCUCAAGUUAAAGACGUAGCAGCUGUAAGACUGGAGCUGUUGUUGUGUGGUGUCUGUGCUGGAGGUGCACAGGCUGUUCAACAUUAACAUGGGUGCUGUGAAACUCAAGCUGGAUCCCUGUGUGAGUGUGUGAGCUGUGAGGAGAACAAAUCAGAUGAUGCACUUGUUUGUUUUCUGUGUCAAUCUGUUUCUUUGAGUUUAUUUGAGGAUGAAGUAUACGCUGGAAGGGGAGGAGUAAAAAAAACAAAAACAAAACAAACAUCCAAUGUUUCGUAGCCUCCGGGCGAACGAGCGACGACUAACGCUAACAUAUGUUAAUACAAUCGUUAGAAAAUGUGUGCACGUGGAAGAUCAGAACCGUCCGUGAGUAGCAAUAUGUGAUUUUCUUUUUAAUACUCCUACAUCAUUAUUAUUAUUAUUAUUAUUAUUAUUAUUAUUUAUUUGGGAUUUGUUUAGUCCUUGAGUAAACUUAUCGCAAGGCAGCAAAAGUAAUGAAGUCUGACUACUGGAAGUAUGAUUAUUCUUUUCACAAGAAGUAGAAGUUUUGUUUGGUUGAAAUGAAGUUGAUUACAUUUUUGAUGUUGUUUAUAUAACACGAGGCAGGCAGAUCAUCAUGACAUCACUGUUUCUUUCUUUCCUUCUGUGUCUCGGGGAGGAGGAGAGUCUCCCUCUCUCCCUCGCUCCCUCUCUCUCUCUCUCUUAAGUCGCACAUAUCGAUGAAAACAGCCUGGCAAUAACUACUUAAGAAAAGUUGGGAUGGGGGGGGGAAAAGUAGCUCUAAGCUGAUGCCUGUAACACUGGUGCCUCAUGAAGUUCUCAACACUUUUACUGAGUGAACUCACUAAAAAAAAAAAAAAAACUGGGACGUUUUGCCACGCCUUCUUCUCAAAUGAGUGACUUUUUCCUGGCCUUAAAUAACACUCCCACCUGCCAGGUCAUAACGAGGGUAAUUGAAAUACUUCACAGGGAUGUCGUAAAUGUGUUUAGUCAAUUAAACGUUCAUUUAACGACUCGUGUGGUUUAAAGCAAACGGUGACCUUGUUAUUUCCUGGUGUGGCGUUAAAGGGCACACGCUGACGAAACCCUCCGCAGGAAGCGAGGAGAACAGGUGGAUGUUCCAGUGCUUUGUUUAUCUGUCCAAGCCGUGCCAUUCGUCGCGUGAUUUUAAACCUUUUUUUUUUUUUUCCUCCACGUCAUAUCUUCUUAUUGUACGCGUGUGUACGUUACUACUGAUGAAGCUGGAGCCUUUUAGUGAUGCUGUCCCUGACUGGACAGGAAAUGGGACUUCCUCCCUGUUGUCACAUUCUCUUCGGGCUAAAAGUUCACGAUAUAUUAUGUCUAAUCUGUCCUGAGAAGACUUGAUCAGAAUUUAUUUAUUAGUUUGACUUGGUUCAGGGGUUUUUACCGUCGUCGGUAGGUGUCGCUCUUAUUCUACUUUAAGCUUGAAGAGACGUCGUCGGUGUCUUGCCUUGCGAUCUUGGUACUCAUUAACUGUUUUUUUUGGGGGGCUGCUGUCUGUUUUUAUUUUCUCUUCUGUGCAAAUCAAGUUACUGUAAUUGUAUUUUAAUAUGCCGUGUGUGUAGAAACCUCUAUGGAGUAUUCAAGAUUUGUCACAUGGAA